UUUCAUUUGAAUUAGAAACUUCCUCGUUUUUGAGUGUGGAGACAUAGAAAAUGUUACUUAAUUGGACUUAAAUUUAUGGUCUUUGCCAUUGACUUGAGUUGCGAAUAAUUUGCAUAUAUUCCCUUCCCACACUAACUCUUUAAAAAAACACACACACACACACCUAACAUUUAACACUUCACGUCAAUUUUAUCAGUCAUGAAAAGUUCAGGCCAAUUUUCCACACUUGCAUUUUUCAUGCUGGUUCAUUAUUGUCUGAUGAUAAUGGGCAAUACAACCUUAGCCAAAUCGAAACCCGGCAACACGAUCAACAACGAUCGAUCUUCGCUUCUUACAUUAAAAUCCCAUAUCACUUCAGAUCCUUACAAUAGCCUAAAAUAUAAUUCGACAACAAAAACCUCUGUCUGCAGUUGGAUCGGAGUCAGCUGCGGUCAAAGUAACCGAGUUACCGAGUUGGAUCUUUCGGACAUGGGUCUUUCGGGCACGAUCCCACCCGAAAUCGGAAAUCUUUCGUUUCUGGUGAAUUUGAAGAUGAUGAAUAAUCUUUUCCAUGGCCCUAUUCCUCUGUCUCUUUUCAACGGCAUGCCUUUGUUGGAGAUUGUUUGGCUGACGAAUAAUAGUUUGUCGGGAAGUUUGCCGACGGAUAUGUGCGGUACUCGGCCGUACGAUGGUAAUAAUGUUGGGAGCCGAUUGAAAGAGUUUGAUGUGUCGUAUAAUAAUUUUUCCGGAGAAAUACCGACGAGUUUGGAGCAGUGCUCGAUGGUUGAGGUUUUGUCGUUGUACAAGAAUGGGUUUGUUGGGAAUUUGCCGACGGGGAUUGGGAACAUGACUCGGCUUCAACGGUUGGAUCUUGGUUUCAACAACUUAACUGGUACUAUUCCAGAAGAAAUAGGGCAUCUUAAUAAAUUGAAGGAACUGUGGAUGGAAAAUAACAAGUUGACGGGGCCAUUACCUUCAAACAUUUUCAACAUAUCUUCAUUGGAAUAUAUUGACAUAUCAUAUAAUAAUUUGUCAGAAAGUUUGUCUAUUGAAAUGUGUAGUGAAAAUCUAAGUACGGUUCGUCUAUCUGGGAACACGAUUCGUGGGGAAAUACCAACAACUAUUGGUCGCUGUUCUCGACUUCAAAACUUGUGGCUUUUUUCGAAUACGCUAAGUGGACCUUUGCCGACGACUAUCGGGAAUUUGACAAUGCUUCAGACGUUAUACCUUGGCGACAACUCCUUAAGAGGUAUUAUUCCAGAAGAAAUUCGUCAUCUAAAUAACUUACUGGUUUUAGACAUGUCGAAUAAUAGACUUACUGGAGCAUUGCCCAGAGACAUUGGGAAUGCGACGUUGCUUUGGGGUUUAGCCCUCCGUGACAAUGCUUUAACUGGUAACAUUCCAUCGGACAUGUUCCAAGGAGAUAUCAGAACGAUCGAUCUUUCGAACAACAAUCUAUCGGGUUCAAUACCUUCAAACAUUGGUAAUGCCACAGAUUUGGCUUUCUUAUUACUCCACGACAACCAAUUGGAAGGGUCAAUUACGCAUUUAUGCAACUUACGAGUCCUUCAAUAUCUCCAAAUAUCGCACAACAAUUUGGAAGGUUCGAUCCCACAUUGUUUAGGAAACUCGAGCAUGUCUUUGAUACUAUUGCAACUAAAGCAAAAUAACUUCCGCGGCCUCUUUCCUUCAACUUUUUCAAAUGGUAGCAUUCUCGAGUAUCUCGACUUCAAUGGUAAUAAUUUGGAAGGGACGUUACCCAAAUCCUUGCUAAAUUGUGAACUAUUGACGGUUUUCGACGUUGGAAACAAUCAAAUAAGAGACGUGUUUCCUUAUUGGAUGGAAACUCUACCCGAGCUUCGAGUGCUCGUCUUGAGGUCUAAUAGAUUCCAUGGUGACUUUUUGGUUUCGUCAAAGAGUUAUAGUAAGGUCCCGUUUCUUAGUUUGCAAGUUUUCGAUAUAUCCAACAACGAAUUUGCCGGCGCUUUGCCCGUCAGAUAUUUGGAGAAUUUCAUCGCCAUGAUAGAUUUGGGGGAUAAUAGUACAACACCGAAAUUAGACUUGUUUACGUAUUAUGAGCAAUCGAUGACAUUUGUUCUUAAAGGAGUGGAGCUUCCGUUGGUCAGAAUCCUGACAGCGUUCACAACCAUUGACUUGUCUGGCAAUAGAUUCUCGGGGAAUAUUCCUGAAUCCAUAGGAAAGCUAACUUCUCUCAAGUACUUGAAUUUGUCUCGUAAUAGCCUCGCGGGGAGUAUACCUCCCUCUCUGGGGAAUAUGAGUGAACUCGAGUCAUUGGACAUGUCUUCAAAUAAAUUGGUGGGGGGAAUUCCGUGGCAAUUGUCAAGGUUAACAUUUCUUUCCAAAUUUAACCUUUCGUUCAACAAUCUUGCCGGGCAGAUACCUCAGUCUAGUAUUGGCCAAUUUCCUACAUUUGACAAUAGUUCGUACAUGGGAAACUCGGGAUUAUGCGGAUUCCCAUUGACGAAAAAGUGCAAAGGCGACGAUGAACAAACUUUGGUUCCAGUGUUGCCGCAAGGUGAUGAUGAGUCCGAUUUUCUCGAUGGUUUUACUUGGCAAGCUGUUGCUUUGGGAUAUGGAUGUGGGUUAGUAUUUGGAACUAUUAUCGGUUAUUUCAUUUUUCGAUAUGGAAAGCCUAAAUGGUUUGUUGGUCUCUUUGUUAGUGUUCAAUAUAAGAUGAAUCGACGUACUAAAAGGAAUGUAGUACGACGAAGAGCUUGAUUAAUUGAAGAUGUAAGUAGAUUAAUUGAAGAUGUAAGUAGAUUAAUUAAGCUUAAGUUGGAACUCUUGUAUGCUUAUUUUGUAUUUUUGAUGAGAUUGUUGGAACUCUUAUUUUCGAAACGAUGCAUAUGUGAUAAGACUCUUAUUUUCUAUUA